AAAUUUAAAUAUAAUUAAUUUUGAAACAUUGAGAUUUUGUUCCUGGUAGUAGUUAGUAUAGCUUUGUUCUUCUCACGCUGUGAACGCUAUCGGGAACUGAAACGAGUUCUUGGUGGAGAGGAAUUUGAACUUGGAGCUGGAGUAUGAUUCUAAAUGGCUUCUCUUUGAAUUCUGGGGCCGUUCAUUUACCCUCUCGUCACAGAAAGACAUGUAGCUAUCGCUCUCAAAGCGCCACACUUUCCCGACAACCCCCAUCUUCCAAAAAUGUUAUCUCUUCCUCCUGGAGAAGUUUGUGGGAAUGUCCUUUAGAAGCGAACCUGGGUGGUUCUUCUGGCAUCCGGCACGGCCAUCUUUCUGCUGCAUCGACCCCAUCGUUACUAGGCGAGCUAGGUAGCUUGAAACACACCCUACCCACGUCACCCAAGCGGCGUAAUUUUGUAGGUCCCGUGCGAGCAUCCAAGGAUGUCCCGUACAGCUACAGAUACCCCGCGAUGACAAAAAAGCCAAAAUGGUGGUGGAGGACUUUAGCAUGCCUCCCAUACCUGAUGCCGCUCCAUGAGACAUGGAUGUACGCUGAAACGGCGUACCAUCUCCACCUAUUCUUGGAAGAUUUCGAAUUUCUCACGUACCCCUUCCUCAGAGCAAUUUCAAGAUUACCGAGCUGGUUCCUGAUGGCCUAUUUCUUCGUUGCAUACCUUGGAAUCGUACGGCGCAAAGAAUGGCCGCACUUUUUCAGGUUCCACGUGGUCUCGGGUAUGCUGCUGGAGAUCGCGCUGCAGGUCAUUGGGACUGUCAGCCGUUGGAUGCCGUUGGCUGUGUAUUGGGGUAAGAUUGGUAUGCAUUUUUGGACGGCCGUCGCCUUUGCUUAUUUGUUCACCGUUUUGGAGUGCAUUCGAUGCGCCCUUGCCGGGAUGUACGCCGAUGUACCGUUCGUGUGCGACGCUGCUUACAUUCAAAUUCCGUAUGACUAAGGAUACGAGGUAUGUAGAUUGUCCUAAGUUAUAAUUAUGUGUUUUUUUUUUUUUUUUUUGAAAAUUUGAGCUGUUGAAACCUACAUGUUUUGUUUGAAUAUUUUGGCUAUUUGCUGUUUAGCUUUGUUCGACAUUCUACCUGCAGUUUCUAUAGUGAGAAUUUAUUUCAAGCCAAGUUUUGAUUA